AAGUCUCAAAAAAAAAAAUUACUAUUAUCAACAAAUACCUUAAAGCCACGUAAGGUAAACAAAUCAAUAGCCGGCAACGAAACUUAUUGCAGUAUCGUAAUAGCGAUUAUCAAUAAAUAAUAGUAACUAGUAAGCAGUUUGUGAUUUAUCAAGUAAAUACUAUCCGUAAUCAGUGCGAUAACAAGCGGAUUUUGAUUAGAACAAUUAUGAGACACUUCGUAUAGUUGUAAAUAAUUUUUUGUCAGAUGCGGUUUUACAGUGUACUAUUACUACCAAUAUUUUUAAAAGCUGUUGCAUCUUCAAUCAUGGAUUCAAAGACGCUAUCUUCAUCCAUCGCUAAAUUUUCUGCCAAGUUCUGUAAUGAACUAGACAAGUCAACCAGUGUGGUUGCAUCUCCAUUAUCUGCUGAAUACAUUCUUGCUCUUGUGGCUUUGGGAUGUGAAGGUCCAGCACAUGAAGAGAUAUUGCAAUCCCUUGGAUUCCCUGAAGAUGAUGCUAUUCGCUCAUCUUUCUCUAGCAUGUCAUCUCAAUUGAAAUCUAUUAAAGGUAUUACUUUGAAUGUGGCUAACAGAGUGUAUAUACAAGAUGGGGGAUACAAGCUAAACAGUGCCCUUGAGAGUGAUGCUAUUAAAGUGUUUGAUGCUGGCCUUAAAACAAUUGACUUUGGAAGUGGAAAGGCUGCUCAAGAAAUCAAUAAGUGGGUGGAGAGCAAAACCAAUCAACGCAUUAAGGAUUUAUUAACAUCUGACAGCGUUAACAGCGACACUCGCCUUGUCUUGGUGAAUGCAUUGUACUUUAAGGGAACCUGGUUGAAACCAUUCCAUAAGAUGAUGACAUAUGACCGUCCAUUCUACCUUGAUGAGAGUACCACAGUGGACAUUCCGAUGAUGAGUGCCAAAGAAGAGUUCUUUUAUGGUGAAAGCAAGGAUCUUGGAGUUCAGUACCUAAAAAUGCAAUAUGAGGGCGAGGAAGCCAGUAUGCUGGUCGUCCUACCGGAAAAGGUCGACGGUUUGAAUGAUGUUAUUAAGAAGCUGGCUGAUGGUUAUGACCUGUUGGCUGAUGUGGAGACUUUGGAGGAGACCAAAGUGGAUGUCACGAUCCCCAAGUUCAAGAUUGAGACCGAGAUUGACCUCAUGGAAGUUCUUCCUAAGCUCGGAAUCAAAACUAUAUUCGAGCCUGCAGACUCCGGACUUACCAGGAUGUUAGAUAGUGGCGAGAAGUUAUUUGUGUCUAAGGGAGUGCAAAAAGCAUUCAUUGAAGUCAACGAAGAAGGAGCAGAAGCUGCUGCUGCCUCUGUGGGUGUGGUCAGAACUCGACGCUCCUUGAAUCCACCACCGCUAAUCUUCGCGGCGACAAGAGAAGCCCUAUGGUGCGUCAUUAUCAAAGGCCAGAUGGCGUUUGUGGCCCGCUAUAAACCAGACAGGACACAGCUUCGUACCGAACUCUAAGACAACGUUAAUAUUACAAGCGUCAGGAAAAUUGCGCGUUAUGUUGCUCGAUGGAUAUUGCUAAAAGCGUUAUCAACUAGCUAACAUGUCGAGUAGAGAUAACAAAGAGACGAGAGUUAUUUGUUUCUCUUCUUGUCUAUGGAGUUUGUAAUGUCACGUGACCAAGCUCGAGCAUUUGCGUGUUUAAAGUGGUCAUUGUCCGUGUUCACAAAAUACUUGUCUAUGGUUUCUUAACAGCUUACUGAGUGCUUUUUAAUCUCUCGCGAUAAAACAGUUAUCAUAGACAUUCCUUUUGAUGUUUGACAAGUUAAAUAGUGUCCAAGCAUGUUAACUCGUUGAUAACGUAACACUAACAGCUAUGCUCAGAGUCGUUUAGUAAUAACGGUUAUCCCAUUAGUCAAGAUAAGUUCACAGAAAAAUUGUAGAAAAAAGCUUAUGAAAUCGCCAUUCGAGAUAAUUAAAUGACUCUGACUACGGGUCUUAGUGUAAGCA